AUGUCGGCCCACCUAAACGCUUCUCAUACUGCCUCUCGACAGACCGCAAGGCCAACGGACAACAAUGGAAAACGUAUCACUGAGACAAUUCCAUGCGCUCCAAAUUCUGCCUCCUUCAAUAUCGCUCCUUCAGGCGAAUUGUUGGACCAAGCCGCUCUACCUCCUCAUCAUCAGGCCCAGGCAUACAUCGACCCGAGGUAUCUGAAUGGUGGUCGCUUCCUCGACCUUCCGUGCCAGUACCCAUGGGAUGCUGAAAGCGAGUACAAUAUGCCGAACGCCGUGGAGAACUGGCAUUUCGUUACCGCGGUUCAGCCAGAUGUCGCGCCCCAGGACCACCAUUACCAAGCCGGCACACAGCAGGAAGCUAUUACAUGGAACAACUUCGCCGUCCCAGGAGUAAUGACACCAUUGAACAGACCGGAAAACAAUCCUGUGGAAGGGUAUAUUGACUCUCCUGGCACUCCAUUCAGAGUCAGUAAUGCGUCCAGCUGA